AUGAGUAUCGGCAAGAAAGGCAGCUCAUUCAACCAGAUUUUCUCGAGGCCUGGCCACUAUAAUAAUCAGAGACAGCCACCCAAGUUCUUUUCCGAUCUUAGGCUUUCAGAUACGAAAAUGGGAACUCCCGGUGCGAAGAUGGAUACUAUUGUGCACUAUCGUGAUUGGCCAAAUACAAUGGGGUUCGAUGCAAAUUAUGAAGAGAAGACCCCGGUUGAGUUAAGAGUGCAAGGUAUCAUUCCGCCUUACACAGCGGGCACUCUGUUUCGUACGGGUCUCGGGCCAAGGUCACUCCAUACAUCGAAGGACACUGAGUUCAAAAUCAAUCACUGGUUCGACAACUUCUCUCAAGUCCACCGUUUCCAAAUCCACGCACCUCAGCCAGAUUCGAAAGUGCGGGUCACUUACAAUUCUCGCUUGGUCAGUGAUGGACUGAUUGAAAAGAUCAAGAAGACCGGAAGGCUAGAUGAUUUCACAUUCGCCGCAAAGUACGAUCCCUGCAAAUCCCUGUUUCAGAAAGUACAGGCUGUCUUUCAGCCAUCAGCCCCUCCACUAAAGCCGAACGAGGUCAGCGCUGCAGUAACCAUUUCUCUGAACUUUCCCGGUUUUGCCAGAGAUGGUCAAAAAUCAGAGGGUCCGCGGGAUCCUGGCCAAGCUAUGACUCUGUGCAAUAAAACAGAUGCCAAUAUCUUCCAAUUUCUUGAUCCGGAAACUCUGGAGCCCGUGGGCAUUGCUCGCCAGGCCGUUCUUCACCCUGAUCUCAAGGGCGUGGGCAGUGGCGCACAUGCAAAAACAGACCCCGAAACAGGGGACGUCUUCAACUACAAUCUCGACUUUGGUCGCACCGGGACCUAUCGUCUGUGGCGCACUUCCGCGUCCACGGGAAAGACUUCCAUCUUGGCGACAUUUCACCAUGCUCCGGCGUACCUUCAUUCUCUCUUUCUGACAAAGAAUUAUGUGAUUUUGUGCGUGUGGAACUCGUUUUAUAAAGCGGGAGGGGCGUCUAUCCUAUGGAACCGAAAUCUUCUGGAUGCUAUGGCGUGGGAUGGCACGCGGCCAACCACCUGGUUUGUGGUUGAUAAGCGAUCGCCGGAAGAGGGCGGUAAGGGUGUUGUCGCCAAGUAUAUUUCCGAAGCGUUCUAUUCCUUCCACACCAUCAACGCGUACGAGGAGCCAUCGAGAUCCCAGCCAGGUGCAGUCGACAUCGUGUGCGACCUCGCCGCAUAUGACAACAUGGAUGUUCUCCACCACUUCUAUCUGGACAACCUGAUGAGUGAUCAUCCCCAGGCACACGGCUACGCAGAUUCAUUGAGUUCUAGUUCACGCCCGAGCUAUCGACGGUAUCGCCUGCCGGUCAUACCCACGACGCCAAAGCCUGGGCAUUUCCAUGCCAGUCUGGAGCACGAGAGCGCGAAGGUCGACGCAUUCGAGCUUCCCGUUGUUAACCCCAAAAUGGUGACAAGGAAGCAUCGGUACAUGUACGGCAUUACUGACACUGGAAAGUCUACCUUUGUCGACGGUCUUGUCAAGUACGACGCCGAGACACACGCGACCACUCGAUGGAGUGUACAGGGCCAAAGCCCAGGGGAGCCAAUUUUCGUGGGAGACCCCCAAUCUGAGGACGAAGACGGAGGAGUGCUCUUGUCGGUGGUCCUCGAUGGGCCAGGAGGAAAGAGCUAUCUCCUUGUGCUUGAUGCGAAGACGAUGACAGAGGUCGGGCGUGCGCAUGUCGAUGGUGUGAUUGGAUUCGGAUUUCAUGGCCUGCAUGUUAGUUCCCGGGAGCCUGUCGGCAGGUUCAACGGAAUGCAUUUGUAA